AACGAUAACCACAAAUUCUCUCUCUCUCACUCUCACUCUCUCUCUCUCUCUCUCUCUCUGCUCGCUAAACGGAACUCUUCAGCUCUCUCUCUCUCUCUCUCUCUCUCAAAUUAAGAUGGAAGGAAUCCCACCAAUGGUAGCAAAGAAGCUGUGGAACCUGGCACGCCUGGUGCGCUUCACGCUGAGGAAGGGCAUCUCCAAGACCAAGCUGAUGCUAGACCUGCACCUUCGGAUCAAACGCAGCAAGGUAGCAGGGAAAGCUCUGACCGACCUGCUGUUACACCACCACUCCUCCCUUCACCGUCGCUCCGAUGACCCGCACGUGCCAUUCACCUCUCCGUGGGAUUACGAGUUCAGCUGCAGCAACAGCCCUGCCUACCUGCCCUACAAUCACUUCCACGUUACCAGGCGCCGCGGUGGUCUUACCUGCCCCCCGCCACCCGCCAACGCUGAUGACUCGGCGGAGGCCGGCGACGCAGCGGAAGGAUCGCCGCUGGAGCUACCGGGAUUCGGGCGGAGCACGGCGGUGCGGCAGUUAAGAAUAACGGACUCGCCGUUUCCCAUGAAGGACGCUGAGGGUGACAGCCACGUAGACAAAGCGGCCGAGGAGUUCAUUGCGAGGUUCUACAUGGAUUUGAGGAUGCAAAAUAUGAUGGCUGGCAGCGAAACACCGUAUUACUAUCACUGUUUAUAGGCAGUUGGUGAUGGUGAGUACACGUGCGCCCGGUUGUACUUGUGAAAUUUCAGUCGGUUGCACAAGAUUGGGACUUAUCAUCAGCCGUCCUCCUCCUUGUCCUCGGCAGGUUUCUGUGUAAAUUUUAAAUAGCAAGCCAAAAGAAAAAGAAGAAUACGACCUGUAUAAACAGCCAAAAUUAGUGCACUCUUUGGAGUUUUAUGUGUUAAAUGAGGGAUUUAAAAUGGCUAAAGGCAGUUUUUACUUCUU